UUAAUAUCCACAAAUUUUUAUUUUGUUGAACCAAUUAUAUAUAUAUAAAUAUGGUUUUUUAGUUUAUGAGUAUUGGAUAAAUUUUUGAGUAUAUUUGAUAAAAUUAAAUUAAAUAAAUUAAUGCAAACAACACCUGUAAAUAAGUCCAGUAAUCAGUAAGACUGUAACAGUGAACAUUUUUAAACAAAAUGUAUAAAAGUUAUUUUAAACAUUUGCAUCAGUGGCUGUACAUAAUUGAGAAACAGAAAGAAGGAGAAACAAUACAUUUGAAAUUCUGUAUGGAUGACAGAGGACAAAUUUGUUAACCCUAUUAAAACCAAGGGUUAAAAAAAUGGAUAGCUGUUGCUCAGGAGUAGUGCAAGUAUUUGUGGGUGAAUGGAGCCCAGAAUAUGAAGCACUUUCAAUUAAAGCUACGAAACAGACUUCAUCGGCUGAAAUAGUAGAAUGCAUCAUUGAAAGACUUGGGUUAGUCGAUGCUUCUGUUUCGAAUGGUUAUGAAUUAGCAGAAGUGGUAGGAAAUUCUGUUGGACAAGAAUGUAAAGAAAGAAGACUUGGCCCAACCGAGUGCCCUGUAGCACUUAUGUUACUAUGGCCAAAAAAUGCAGUACAGCAAGAAUAUUACAGGUUUUACUUGCGAAAGAAGCAACCCGACUUGUGGUCAGAUAGUAGAUUUCCAAUGGAUCCACAACUCCUGAAGGACUAUUUUAAUAGAUUCCUGUAUCAACCGCGCGAUAAGGAAUAUCCAGAUUUGUGUCAACUCCCAGACCUCAAUGAACAAACUUUGUUGGAUAACCUUCGAGCUAGGUUUCUAGCUGGGAACAUAUAUACCUAUGUCGGCAGCAUAUUAAUUGCACUCAAUCCAUUCAAAUUUUAUCCUAUCUAUAAUCCAAAAUAUGUAAAACUCUAUCAAAAUAGAAGAUUGGGGCCAGAUAUACCUCCACACAUAUUUGCCAUAGCUGAUGCAGCUUAUCAUUGUAUGCUUAAAGAAAAAAGAAAUCAGUGUAUUGUGAUUAGUGGUGAAAGUGGAUCGGGUAAAACGGAAUCAACAAAUUUUCUACUGCAUCAUUUGACAGCGCUUAGUCAGAAAGGUUCGCACGGUAGCGGUGUUGAACAGACAAUACUUAGUGCUGGUCCAGUGUUGGAAGCGUUUGGAAAUGCAAAAACGGCACACAACAACAAUAGUAGUCGUUUCGGCAAGUUCAUACAAGUGAAUUACAAAGAAAAUGGAAUGGUGCAUGGGGCCGUUGUACAAAAGUAUCUUUUGGAAAAAUCAAGAAUAGUUUCCCAAGGAAGAAAUGAAAGAAAUUACCAUGUAUUUUAUUAUCUCUUGGCUGGAGCAAAUGAACAAGAAAAACAAGUUCUGCAUUUAGAAAAUUGUGAUCGUUAUAAUUAUUUAAAUAAAAGUGGCUGUUACGGACUUGAAAAUAUCGACGAACGACACGAAUUUUCAAGACUAAAACAAUCUAUGGAAAUGGUUGGAUUUACACCAGAAAAACAGAGACGCUUGUUUGCAGUUUUGUCAGCCGUUCUUCUACUUGGUAAUGUGGAAUUUCAACCUAGAAAAUCUUAUCAUCAUCACGAUGAAGCAGUAGGAGUGAAAAAUCCUGAUGUGGUUGCUCUGAUAUCUGAACUUCUUAGAGUGAAACAAGAGACUCUUUUGGCCGCUCUUACUGCCAAACGUGCGAGAGCUUCUGGAGAAACUUUAGUCAUUAACUAUAGGCUUCCAGAAGCAAUUGCGGCAAGAGAUGCCAUGGCCAAAUGUUUGUAUGGAGCAUUAUUUGAUUGGAUUGUGCUUCAGGUUAAUCAUGCUUUACUUUCAAAGAAAGAUACGCUUAGAGAUCAUCAAGGCAAUAGUAUAGGUGUAUUAGAUAUUUUUGGUUUUGAAGACUUCAAAACGUGCAAUAGUUUUGAACAGCUGUGUAUAAAUUAUGCAAACGAACAAUUACAACACUAUUUUAACCAGCAUGUUUUUCAAUAUGAACAACGAGAGUAUCGGAAACAGGGAAUUAGAUGGACGGACAUAGGGUACAGUGACAAUUCGGGCUGCUUAAAUUUAAUAGAAGGAAAACCAAGUGGCCUUCUCUGUCUCUUAGAUGAUCAGUGCAAUUUUCCAGGUGCAACCAAUGAGACACUGCUACAAAAAUUCAAUUCGGUACACAAAGACAAUCCAUUUUACGAAGCACCACAACGACGAGAAGCAGCCUUCGUUGUACGUCAUUAUGCAGGGGCUGUUAAGUAUCAAGCUUCUAAUAUGAGAGAAAAGAACCUGGAUUUAAUGCGACCAGAUGGCGUAGUUGGUGUUUUGAAAAAUUCUUCCCUCGCUUUUGUCCGAGAAUUAGUGGGUGCUGAUCCAGUUGCAGUAUUUAGGUGGGCGAUUCUUCGAGCAUUUUUUCGAGCUCAUUUCGCUUUUCAAGAAGCAGGUCGAGUUCACAGACAUGGACGAGCCGACGGUACGAAAACGUCUGUACAAAACAGGUAUAGGACACCGAACGAGAAUUUGAUAAGUUCGCACAAACAUAAUCGUCCACCAAGUUAUCAGAAGCAGCGCAGUGUCUGUAUACCAUCAACUAUACCCACUACCACAUUAUCUUCUAUACAACUCGAAAACAACGACAAUGUAAACAACAACCGAUUGUCGUGGCCACAAUUUCGAAACAUUAAUCAAACUCAACACCCGUCCAAUGUAACGAUGAUGAAGGGUUACUUAAUAAGGGGCAGGGAAGACCAGCCUCAUAGUAAUAAUAAACUCAGACGAGAUACUCAUACACCACUAGAGAGGGUGCUUCCAAAAGACGAAGCAAACGUCAUGGAACGCGCUAAUCAAAUAGUCAUGAAAAACAAAUCAUUUCGACCAAGAGAACGUGGUAAGAAGGGUUUAAAAAAUCUUCAAACUGUAAAAACACUUGCUGGUAGAACACAGAGUUAUGGCACGGGACCCGGGAAAGCAAGAAAACAGCCCAUGACAGUAUCAGCGCAAUUUCAACAAAGUUUGCACAGUCUUAUGGAUACCUUAAAUCAGGCAAAUCCUUUCUUCAUUAGAUGCAUUAAAAGCAAUGCUAAUAAGGUACCAAAUGAGUUUGACGAAGAAACUGUACAACGGCAAUUACGAUACACAGGAAUGUUAGAAACAGUUAGAAUUAGGCAAGCCGGAUUUAACGUUAGAUUAACGUACGAAGAAUUUAUUCAACUGUAUAGAAUGUUGCUACCCAAGGGUUUGUUGAGUUCGCAAUCAGACGUUAGAGACUUCUUGUUGACGUUGAAUCUUAAUAGAGACAACUAUCAACUUGGGACGACAAAAGUGUUUCUCAGAGAAUCAGAGAAAAUCAAAUUGGACCGAGAAUUGCACCAACAGAUCAUCACAAGUAUUACGACUAUACAGAAAUGGUUCCGCGCAUGUCUGGAGAGAAGGAAGUUCCUUAGAUUGAAAAAUGCGGUUGUGCAAAUACAGUCAUUUUGGAGAAUGAUCAUUGCCCAACGGCUGGCACAGUCUUUACGCGCUAGAAUUGACGCCGCUGUUCACAUCCAGUCUGCUUGGAGAGGUCAUAAGCAGCACAGUUGGUUCAAGAAAUUCAAGAUGUGUAUGAUUACCUUUCAAGCUCACGUUAGAGGUAAUAACGCACGAAAGGCUUUCGCGGAAUUGAAGAAACGAAAGAAGUUACUCGCCGAUAAAAUUGGGGAAUAUAAAGAAACUCAAGAUCAUCGGGAUCUUGCGUACGAUAACAGCAAGAUAUUCUCCAGGCUCAGAGAUAGCGAAGAAUCCCUCACGGACGAUCAUGCGUUGCUGGACUACAGUACGAGUCGCAAAAUGGAAUCUCAGAAUCGACUUACACCGGCAAGAGCGGAUAAUGUACUUCGGGAUAGCACGAUCGACACAAACAUGACAUAUUCUAAACGUAAACUUGCUCCAAAUACGAGAACCAUGCACGAACCCAACACGAUUUUGAAAAAUAUAGAACCUUAUUCGUCCGAAGAAUUUAACGAACGUAAAAGCAGUUUGGAAAGCUUGACUAGUUUACGGAGCUACGAAUCUCAAGUUAGCGUUAACAGCUCCGAGUCGCAAGAAAAUUCUUGCUGCAAACCUAUACCGAGCACCAGAACGAAACGUGGCGAUAAUUUCCCCGUAGUCACGGUAAACACAAACUUAGCAAACGCUUCCAGUCGACAUUCGUCCGUUAAUAAACGCGCGGACAGUUCGUCGACAGGGUACAGCGACGGAGAAACUGAUACAGAAAUUCCAAGCGCUGUACAGAGCGCGCCUCCCAUUUUCAACACUGCUCCGCCAUUCCCGUGCCCACGAGACAUUAAAUACCAUCAGUCUAACAUAAAUUUGACCCAAAGUCCAAAUUCCGACAUCUGGCGACGUCGGGGAGAUUUCACGUCUAUUAACUACAGUGAUUAUUUAAUGUCUGGUCCUCACAAAACAACGUUAACUCGCUCCCCAAAUGUCUCCCAGUAUAAGAAUAUAGCGGACAACAUAUUCGAACAAACGCAGCAUGAAAAGCCGAACGAAGCAUCGAAUUUUAACGUGAAACUGGAUCAAAAUGAACGGUUCGUUCAUAUAGAGAGUUCUUCGGGCAGGGAACAACGUAGAUUGAGCGACAAUAGCGUACCUAGCGAGCGAAUGGAAAACGUUCCAGCCUCGUUGAUCAGACGCGAUCAGACUUACGGCCACAAAGAAACGAAAGAUUUUAGUUACUUAAGAAGACAAAACUCGGAAGGAGAUACGUCCAUGAAGUUAGACCCCGUGAACGACGAGAACGCUUUGAAGAGUCCUUUGCUGAUGGGAUCGUCGCCCAAGGAGAAGAACUUAAGACCAAAGGAGAAAUCUGAACCCGAUGUGCCUGUCAGGAGCGCAAGACGAAAUCGUCCGUCUCGAGAAUUUCAUUGUAGAUCGAUGGGCGAGAGCGUAUCCGACACGGGCGGCACAGAAACGAAGAGUCUCUUUCUUGGCACGAUCAAGGAGAGCGACUUGAACAAAUCCACGAACGUGUGGACCCGCAAAGACGGCCCGCACGAAACUGCUUCGAGAUCCGUCACGGAUUGGCCCGUGAACAAAACCGAAUCCGCGUCCAAGACCCAGCAACCGGGCAAACGCAUGAGAUCCAAUGCUAUAACGACUCUCGAUCUGAGGAGAAGGAACUCUGAUCCGGCUACUAAAAUAUCAGGACUCAGCGAGGACAAGCCUGGUACCGACACGAGCCCCAACGAUCUGAAACUCGCUCCUGGAAUGAAUCUGUUGGAAUGGAAAGGAAAUCUUUUCACGUUGGCUGGUCACCGUUUCAGAAAGGUAGCGAGGUUCGCCAAAGAUGACGUGUGCGUUUGCUGCCACGAGAAAAUGGACGCGUUCGUGACGCAGGGAUACAAGUGCGUCGAUUGCAAACAGCUGUAUCACGUGAAGUGUAUCCAGAAUGGCGGAGUACUUAAGAUGCCGUGUAUAUUGGCGAACACGCCGGGCAGACGAAAGAACAGAAAGCCGCCGCGCACGCCCUACGACGCCGCCAAGCAAACCGUCGCGUCAAAGUUCAGCUUGACGGGCACUUCUGCUUUCUCCGACAGCACGGACAAAAUCAUAUCCGACGCCAAGGAGUUGGCGCUGAUGCAGGACUUCAUCACCAAGAAGAUAUACAUAAUGGAAGGACAAGAGGAGGGCAGGAAACCCAGCGAGGUGGACCGCGUGUUCAAGCAGGCUUUGCGUAAAUUCAAAGACGACCUGGUGAUCACUUAUAGCGUCGCCAUUCAACAGGGCGUCGAAGGCAACAUCAAGUACACCGAUUUGAUAGCCAACUUCUUGCACGUAAUGGAAACCGUUUGCAAGCAAGAGAACACACGCGAGGAUUUUCCCGUGACAAUGGGAGUGAACGCGUUCAGAGGGUUCAUGAACGAAUUCAUGACGCUAGUCAAAACCGAAGCGCCGGAGAAACAGAGUAAAAGCAAACGCAAGAAGGAGAAGAAACGGAAACAAGAGGAACCGACACGUCACGGGAAUCACAUGUUCCAGUUGACGAUCAUAAACAUACCCACGGUCUGCGAGGUGUGCUCGUCAUUCUUUAUGUGGCCUAUCGAGCGAGGACUCGUCUGUCAGAAUUGCAAGCUAACGUGUCAUAAGAAAUGCUACAUGAAAGCGUCGUCGGAGUGCGGGAAAGAAGCGUCGCUGCACGAAACGAACUCUCGUAACGUCUUCGGUGUCCCGUUGUACAAAUUGGACUGCGGCGACGGGAAGGUGCCGCUGGUGGUGGAUCGAUUGAUCACUACCAUAGAGAUGCAUGGUCUCUACACGGAGGGCAUAUACAGGAAAAGCGGCGUCAGUUCGAAAGUGAAGGAAUUGAAACUGAAGAUGGACGAGGGCGACUUGGAGAAGGUGGACUUCGAGAAUUACCAGGUGCACGUGCUCGCUGCCGUGUUGAAGAGCUUCUUUCGUGACAUGCCCGAGCCUCUGUUGACUUUCGAGUAUUACGACGACUUUCUGCACGCUGCAAACCUGACGGACCCACGCGAUCGUAUCAGCACGCUGUUCGCGAUCCUGAAGAAGCUACCGAAACCGAACUUCGACCUGAUGGAACGUCUGAUCGUCCAUUUGGCCAGGGUGGCGCUUCACGAGGUCGACAAUCGAAUGUCACCGUCUGCCUUGGCGAUAGUCUUCGCGCCGUGCAUACUCAGGACGAAUAGGACGCUGCCCGCGCAGGACUCCUUGCAGGACGUAGGCAGGCAGACCUGUUGCGUCGAGACGAUCGUACAGGAGAAACUGAGGGUCGUGCGGGCAACAUUGGCCGAUAUAAAUACUCUCGAGUCCGCCUGCCACACGGCCACUCAUCGGCUGUCCAGUUUGCGAUCCUCCAAGAUCUUCAGCCCGGAGGAAUUGAACGCCGCAGCCUCGAACGUGGCCGCCAGAGGCAACACCUCGGAUCGCGACAGAGAUCGGGGCGACGAGGAGGCGCUUCUCGUCGAUCAUAUACAGGAAAUCCAGAAGGAAAAGGCACUGCUAACUUCCACCCUUCCCAGCCUGACGAGGGCUUCCUCAGACGACGACUUACUUCUGUCUGCCACGGACCUGGACGAUGGCUCUCUCGAUGAUCUUCUUCCAUCCUCUGCCGACGGGCUCGUGAGAAAGAAACCGAUUCAGAGACAAAGUUCCGCGGACAAUGCAUUUCCUACGAUCAUCAGCGUCGACGAGGACAUGGUAAUGGUAUGACCAUAGAGGGAAAACAUUAUCUCGACGAAUGAUCGAUAUGUGUAGCAACAUGACACGCGCUGUGAAGCGUCGACUGACGGCAGCGAAUCGACGAGUCUUACUUCUGGUCUCAUCGGCAAGCCGCUAGUAAUUUAAAUAAGUAGUAAAACACGACAUUAGGUAGGUCUAGUAAUUUGUUCCACGCGAAGUUAAGCUGAUCAAACGUACAUACAUAUACAUAUACAUAUUAUAUAUAUAUAUACAUACAUAUAUAUAUAUAUAUAUAUACACACACAUAUAUAUAUAUUUUUUUCACUCUGUCGCAAAGCU